UCUAUCGGGCCAUGUCCAGAUCGUUCGAUUGUCCCUCCUCCGACCAAUCAUAAGAUCAUAUAAAACGUCUCUGAUUCUCUCUCUCUCUCUCUCAACAGCAGAGUCGCUGAGGAAGCAAGGAAGGAAGCCAUGACCAGCUCUUCUCCAGCUUCACGCAAGGCUCUAAGCAAGAUCGCAUGCAACAGGCUGCAGAAGGAGCUCGUCGAGUGGCAGGUGAACCCUCCCUCCGGGUUCAAGCUCAAACUCACCGAUAAUCUCCAGAGAUGGGUGAUCGAGGUGAACGGAGCUCCGGGAACUCUGUACGCCGACGAAUCCUACCAGCUUCAGGUGGAUUUCCCCGAGCACUACCCCAUGGAGGCGCCGCAGGUGAUUUUCAUUCCACCGGCUCCAUUGCAUCCUCAUAUAUACAGCAACGGGCACAUCUGUUUAGAUAUUUUGUAUGAUUCAUGGUCCCCAGCAAUGACCGUCAGUUCUAUCUGUAUCAGCAUCCUGUCCAUGUUAUCGAGCUCAACUGUAAAGCAACUCCCUGCAGAUAACGAUCGCUAUGUGAAGAACUGCAGAGGCCGAUCUCCCAAGGAGACUAGAUGGUGGUUCCACGACGAUACAGUAUAGCCACAGUUACUUUGCCUCUGGGAUUUGUAUCAGGAGCGGCUUAAUCCAUGAGAAAAUGGAGAUUGUAUGUGCAUAGAUUGUACAAUUGCAGUUUCCAUCCUUUUAGAAAAAAAAAGCAGCAAGAUCAUAGGGAAUGAGACUUGGAGAAAUAGAAGAACUGGAAAAUAAACUUUGUGUUUCUCGAAUCUCGGUAGAUUUUGGUACUCAGUAGUUUCAGGGGCUGCAAUUUGGUGGGGCAGUGUCUGUUACUUACUGGAAGUACCAAGAUAGUAAACAUUACAUAGUUUGCUCGUAUACCUGCUUGUGACAUUUCUAUGAAACUCAUGUUAUAUCCAUAGAGUUUCUCCUUAAAA